AGUAAACCUAUCCAAUUGUGUAGCGCGGUAAAAACAUACUUAAUUCUUUUAAUUAAACUAUCUACUAUCUUAAAAAUUAAGUCUGCAUCUGAAAAUGUUUGAUUAAAAUACGAACAAAUUAAAGCAGUGUAAAAAAUGUAUUUUGGAAAUGUUAUUAUUUGAAUUUGGUGCUAAGCGCCUAGGUUGCAGCAACUGAAUAUCAAAAUUGAAUUAUAAACUAUGCCGUUUCGUCGCUGUUUUGCUCAUUGUCCUCAUGGUAGCGCUAUCCUGUAUCCAUUUCCACCAAAAACUGAUGUAGCCAGGCGGGAUCUCUGGAUACGGCAAUUUGGUAAAAAUCCAGACCAGUUCAAACAGAAACAUCUGUACGCAUGCCGGAAACAUUUCAGCUCGUAUAUGACGUAUGGUAAACUACUGCGAAAAAACGGCUAUCCCGAUGUAAAUUUGUCUACAUACGACAAAGAUAAGCCCUACACACAAAGAUACAGUUAUUACAAACCUGGUGCAAAACCCGAUCCGUUUUGGCAUGACAAUCUCGAUGAUGUAGUGGCUAUGCCACCGUUAGAUUAUGGCUUGGAUCUAGAAUACGUACCCGUUGAAUGUAUUGUACCACUUUCCAAUGAACUCUCUCAAACCGAGGACAGCAACAGCAGCGAUGAUGAGGAUAUUCAACUAAAAAAGAAAUCAAAUUAUGUGGAUCGUAAACGAAAGUGCAUACUAGGAUGUGGCGGUAAGCGUUCACUACAUAUUUUGCCAUCUAUCCACAACGAAUUGGAAAGACGGCAAAAAUGGCUAUACCUGUUGGGCAAAGAUCCAGCAUUGUACACACAGAGACACGUUUAUGUUUGUGAUCUACACUUCGAUAUACAUAUGGUUGGGAAAUCGCAUUUAAUACGUGGGGCAUAUCCGAAUAAAAACUUGCCAGCACCGCUAAUAAAGUCAAUACCGGAAGGAUUGGAAGCGCAAACAGAGUGCCUACAAAAGUGUUCAGACUAUAAGAGAAAGUUCAAAUUUCCAACGUUCGAUCGUAAAAGGCGCGAAACGUGGUUGUUGAAAUUUGGCCGUAAUCCUGCGUUCUACACGAAUGACAUCUACGCAUGCGAUCGUCAUUUUAGUGAUGAAAUGAGAGUUGGCCCCUACUUACAUUCGCACGCCGUACCAGAUCAAAAUUUGGCACUCAAACUACUGCACGAAGAUAAUACUGGUAAUUAUGCAAUUAAAACUUGGUCGCUAGAAAGACUACAAGCUUUAGCAAAUGCUACGACGACAUCAUUAACUGUUACAACGACAACUACAACGCAAUCAACAACUGCACAGAUUUCGCCAGCUAUUACAACAAUUCCUACAACAACUACAGUGAUAUCGCCAACCGAUACCAUAACUGAUUCAACAACUAAAACAGUUUCACCAACUGUUACAACAACUACAACAAUUUCACCAACUAUUACGACAACUACAAUGAUUUCGCCAACUGGAACAACAAUUGAUUCACCACAAACACCAACAAUUGAUGAAUCAGCACAAAGUAAGAACAUUCUUGACCAACUAAAAAUUACCGUUAUGUCUACUGCUAAUCAAACGUCACAAACACCAGGGGAAUAUAUAAAAAUGAAAACAUUAGGUGUAUUCAUGCAACAUAGAGAUGGUUAUGUGGUGCCUUUAAGACAAAUUUUAAAUGCAGUUGAUCCUUUGGAUUGCAGAGGAUAUCUGCUAACGGAAUGUGCUAAAUCGAUUGAACCCAAAAUAACUAUAAAGGUACAUCCAAUACCAAAAGAGAUCUAUGAAGGCAUUAGUGAGGAUGAUUCUAGCAUGCCAGCAAGUCCCACGUAUAAGGACGAUAUGGUUGAAGAGAGUGACGAUACGAAAAAUUUGAAAUUUACACAUGCGUAUGAUGAACAAAAUAGCGCGGAUUCAUGGAGGCAUGAAGACAACAAUGAUUACAGCAACAGUUUAGAAAAUGCACAAAUAUACAACAUUAAGCGAAAUAAGGUGAAAUUUACGCAUGCGUUUGAUGAACAGCAAAAUAAUGGCGAGUUAGGGGAGCAAGAUGACCACUACGAUUACCACGAAAAUAAUGUUGAUGAGUUAAACAACUUUAGUGGCAACGGCGUAAACAAAGCGAACGCUGAAUUCGCCUUAAUUUCAGAUCCGAUAUUAGACCAACUGGCCGAAACUUAUCCCACAGAGAGUUUCUCCCUAUUGCUGGGUCAAAAUAAUACAGUAGUCAAAUGUAGCACAGAGACGAGUAGCGAGAGUAAAACUGAAGUUGUAAUAGUAUCGGAUGAGCCAAACAUGGCUGGCAAGUUGUUAACAGAAAAGAAAACGCAAGCCGUUAAUAAACGCGUAAUGUCGGUACAACCGAAACAACAACUUCAUAAUAGCAAGGUACUAACGCAAUGGAAAGCAGCAACCGUUAAGAACGAUGUGAUUAAGCAACAACCACAACAACAAACUAAUUUGACAAAGGCAGUCGCUUUAGCGGAGAGUUGGCAGCAAGUGGUGAAGACCAUGCAAAAGGAGGUGUCAGCUAACAGUACUUUGGCAAACAUGCAAAAGCAGCCCGAUGCCAUUGCGCUGGCAGCCAAGAAGUUAGUUGAGGAAAUAAAACAAGCUGGUGAAAGGGAAAAACUAAGCAUACACCAAAAAAGAAUUGCUGGCGAUUUGACGGGAACUAAUCUAAAUGGUAAACAAAUACUAAGCACACAAAGUGCAUCUACCGUUGCAACAACCCAAGUGCCAACAAAAAUUUUUAAUAAACCAGAUCCGAAUGCUUUCGAAAUCACGAGCGUGGAGAUAAUAAACAGCAAACCAUCGAUUGUUGCUGGGCUAAACGCAAAUUUGAAAGUGGUCCCUGCAAUUCAGGACGAUCCACAUCGCGCAAAAAUAACAAGCGUCGAAAUAAUAAACAGCAAACUGCCAACGAAUGUAGUUAACGGGAAUACAGUGACAUUUUCGGAAAGGAGAACACCGCAAAUUCUGCAAAAUCGAAAAGAAAUUAUGCAAAUGAUGCAUAGACCCUCAGCAGCAAAAGCAACAAUCGCUACAACAACAAUGCCACUUACCAUAACCAAGCCACCAUUUAAAAUACCUGCAAGUGCCGCGCACGGCCAACCCGAAUCAAUCGAUACAAUCGAGGAAUUGUUGGCCAAAGCCAAGCACAUUUUGAACACAAAGACCACUGCAGUGCCUGCAAACACCAAUAAUGACGACGACGAAUUGCUGAAGUCUGCUGAAGCAGAAAUACAUCUUGCGCCAACAUCAACCACACAACAAGCAGAAGAUGACGAUGUGGUGCCCUACUGUGUUCUCAAAUGCACCAAUUUUCGCAAAAUCUACGAAUUUCCCUCACCCGAAGCGCAGACUUUCCAACGUCAUUUUUGGUUUAUACAACUUGGUUUGGAUAUAGCGACCGAUUGGCACAAAAUCCUGUUCAUUUGCGACAAACACUUCGAUGACACGAUGUUGUUGCCAUCAGACAAUACGCUCAAUGAAUACGCUUAUCCAUGCCAGUCGCUCUUGCGGGAACUCAAUAAACCGACCGCAACUGUUGGCACCCAAACAUGCGAUGACGCCGAGGAGUAUAGGCAGAAGUUGUUUGAUCAAAUAGCGGAAUUGAAGCAGACGUUGUGCCAACAAAAAUUGGAAGUUAAACGCGUUAAGGUUUUGAUACGCCUCAAGCAAGAGGCGUCGCGAUUGGUAGCCGAAAUUGAAGAGGCAGAAAAUGCGCCGAAACUGUUAACUAUUUAUAAUAAAGAGUAAUUAUUUUAUGUAAUAUUUGUAUGUUAUAGUAUACAUGUAUUUGUAUAUAAUACCGUAUCUGUAAAAGUAAUGAAAAAAAUCAACUAUUACAAUAUUAUAAUAAAAAAAAUUGUUUUGUACUAAAAGCUAUACAAAAACAAGCAUGUAUUGAAAUA